AUUACGAUUCCUUCCGUGACUCUAUGGACAGUGCUCCGCCGUCUUUUAGCCGAAAUCCACCCCCGUCUUCGUCGUCCGACCAGGGACACUACGCCCCCAUGCCAUCUGAGCAUAUGGGCCAGGAUCCCUCUCAGCUGUCCCUCCAAACCGGCUACUCCGAGCUGACUGCAGCCCUGGGCCCAGGACGACCCGCCUCACCUUCAUCCAUGGCAUUCUCAAGCCCGGCUCGCUCCACCGGCUAUUGGCCGAACUCGCCAGCGUGGAUGAGCACCUCCCUCAGCGACGGUGCCUCACCCCUGUGGUCGCACGAGUGCACCGACGAGUGCAACAUGCCCCUGCCACCGGCAGGAUACUAUAUGACUCAGAGCGGUGCUAUUGGGUAUCGCAGGAAGGAUUCGGACGAAACUGCCGGCUCUUUCCAGAAUCUAUCGAUGGCGUAUGCGGCUGAAGCCCAGAAACAGGUUUCGGACGAGCACGCCAACGAGGAGUUGCAGCAGGGGCAAGGGCAGGGGCAGGAGCAGGGACAGGAGCAGGAGCAGGAGCAGAAGAAGGAACAGAAACAGGCGUUGAAGAAAUCAGGGGCGAAGCGCCGGUUCCACGAGUGCCCGGUCUGCUACAAAGUCUUCUCCCGCCCAAGCGGUCUGGCAACGCACAUGAGCACGCAUACUGGGGCCAGACGUGAGCCCAUCCGCAGCACCCUUUUCAUAGCCGUACCGCUUUGAGGAGAUCGUAACCUCGAAUCGGUGAAUCGGUCGUUCAAAUGCCAGGUGUCCGGCUGCGACAAGCGCUUCGUGGUCCGCUCGAAUGCGACGCGGCAUCUCCGCACGCACGGGUUCAGGCCAGACGGCUCGCGCGAACAACCCCAGGCCUUCACCGUUGGGUUUCGAGAGCCCGUCGUCUCGUACAACAUGGACCCGAGCGCGGUCACACCUAAUAGCUACGAGUGGGUCCCGCAGGAGGCAUCGGGAUUGCCUGUUCAGGGUAUCGGGCGCUUGUGUCAGGACGAUCUUCACCGAACUCCCGAGCGCCAUGCAAUCAUGAGCGGUGAGGCCAGUUUCCACAGUUACGAGGAAGAUAGGGGAGGGGGAGGGAGUUUCAGUUGAAGUGUGCAUUUUCCUUCUCAACACCAUUGACGGCCUGGGAAACCCCGCUUGCAAAAGAGUUGGCGCACACGAUCUGUGUAAAGCAUCGCAAUUUUCUCUAUGUUCAUUAUGCCCAUUGUAGACAACUUCAUUUCGUCGUUAUACACGUUUUCUUGGCGUCUUCUUGCCCAUGUCUCAUAUCAUCG